AUGGCAAUAGAUGAUUAUGAUGACUCUUUCACAAAACCAGGAGCAAUCCCAUUCAAAUGGGAAAUCCGACCCGGCGUCCCCAAAAUCCAAACCCAACAACAAAAACAACCACUACCACCACCUCCACAUCCGCAUAUUCACAAACACCUUAACCUCAAACCCCCACCAUCCGGGUCACUCUUCCUGCCGCCACCGGAGCCCCAUACCCGAAGCCGCUCCUUCCGCUCUGCUUCCGCCGCUCGAACCCGGUCCGAGCGCUGGCGAUUCGAGCAGCCCGAUAACAUCCUUGCCCGGCGACCCGGACGACCCGACACCGUUUCAGCCGGGUGCUUCAUGUCUCCACUUCUGAGGCGGAAGUCAGCGAGCAAUAGCAAAAGGGGGAGCGGAGCUAGAACGGUACCCGUACCCGAGUCCGAACCCGAUUACACUUCGGACCUUGAGACGCUGGCCCGGUGGUCUCUGUCGUCGCGGAAAUCGCUGCUCUCACCGUUCCGUGACUCACCCACGUCCACGUCCUCCUCCUCGUCCCCUCGACCCGUAUGUGACGCUGAGUGGGCCGGGUUCGGGCUCUUUUGA